CAAGUAGGCUGUACAUUCUUGAACUUACGCAAUAACUAAGCUCGAUGAUUUCAGAUUUCAAAGCACUGACGAGCACUUGUCAUUCGCAAGAAUCACCACCCAGGAAAUUUAGCAAAAUGGCUGACCUGAUGAACAAUGAUGUGUUCCUGGCCUUCUCCACAUAUGCCACUAUUGUAGUCCUCAAAAUGAUGUUCAUGGCCCCUCUGACUGGAUACUUCAGGAUAACCAGAAAGGCUUUUUCAAACUGGGAGGACACUGCGAUGGGCAAAAAAAAUCCAGAGGACAGAAAGAAGAUGCUCCAGACCAAUCCUGAUGUAGAACGUGUGCGAAGAUGCCAUCAAAAUGACCUGGAGAACAUCAUUCCCUUUGUGGUGAUUGGUCUUCUGUAUGCAUUCACGGGGCCGGAUCUAUCCACUGCUCUGCUGCACUUCCGAGUCUUUGUGGGGUCACGGUUCAUCCACACUGUAUCUUACAUUUUGGCUUUGCCCCAGCCUAGCAGAGGUCUGUCCUGGAUAGUGGGAAUGAUCACAACUUUCUCAAUGGCCUACAGGGUGCUCACCACAGCACUGCUUCUCUAAAGACACUGUAGCACUGCAGAACGGGAGACGCCUGGCUGUUUUAUAUCAUUUACUGUCCCUGGUGUUAUCUUUUCUUAUGUAAUUCAUAAUAAAAGCUGUCAGCAUGUCACCAGCAUACAGAUAUUUACACAUGAGUCUGUGAAGGUACUGUUGUAAUUUCACUGUCUCAACUAACAAAUGUUUGUUAACAGUCAACAAGUCGUUGUCACAAUGACUCAGCAUU